AGCCAGCUUUGCUCAUAUAUCAAGGCCGGCGUUGCUGGCUAGCUUGACAUUGCUCUGAUCCAAGCAUGGCCUUGGCAAGGCUGCUCCUUCUUGCCUUUUCGUUCGCGCGUUGCGCGGAAUGCGGCGAGCCUGCGUGUGGCGAUGGCGCAGACGGCUUGGCUCUGCUGCAAGUGUCAAAGCCACCAGCCCCGCAUGCCGCGCAGGAGGUGAUCGAGAAGCACUUCGCAUCCGUCCCGCCAGGCGGCGGUUCUUUGCGAAGCAACUUUGUCCGUAGCCCCGGUCGACUGACCAGCUCCGCGUGGGAGUGCUCAGAGAUAGACUUCAACCGUUUCUACGGGGUGAACGACACCUCGGUGCAGGCGUUGAUGGAGAAGUUGGGGGUCACCCGCUACUGCGGUUCCACAGAAGGGGGCGGCUCUGCCCCAGGGGAUCCCAGCUGCAAGGCUUUCUGGGCCGGAUUGAAGGCGCACCUCGAGUUGCAGGAGCUGGGCUUCGACCCCGUCUUCAAGAACUUCGAGGUGGUGAACUGGUGGCAGCCCGCGGGGGGGCACUAUGCAUCCUGGGGUGACACGCCCCUGGUGGAAGUCGACUAUGCGCACGGCGAGGUGAAGUCUUGGCAGGUCUUGGACAAGAACGCCGUCUCAGGCUAUGCGUUUUGCGACCUGGUGCAGGGAGUCUUGCGGCAGAACGCCGACCAAGCCGGUACCGCAACCUGUGGUCCCACAGCGGUGCUGGCAGCCCUGACUCAGGUGAACCCCGCGGGUGCCAUCAAGAGAGGCUUGGAAAUCUUCUGGACUGGCACCAUUCCCGAGCUGCCUGCGGACGCACAGCCAUGCGAAUACCUAUAUUCUGAAGUGCCCCCCGGGGUGAUUCCAUUUCUGCCAGGACAGCCAGGCACGGAAGGUUCCGCUGGGCGCGCGCUUUUGCUGCCCUGCUUGGGCAACGAAGCAGACUGCGAGCAAGCAGUAGACGCCCCCAACACCCAAGCUGGCUUGCAGGGCAUGUGGUCCUUGAUGUUCGGCUCAGCCAGCGACCGUCGCAAGACCGGAGGCUGCAGCGAGAACUACUGGUACGUGAGAUACCCCGGUAGGGACCCGAGGGAAAAUGCCCUGGUGCGUAUGGAGACCAGUGUUGCUGAUAUCAUGACUCUGUGCGACACGGUUCUGGGUGAGAGGGGAACGUGCAAGUACUUAACCAACUACGACCUAUGUGACAAAGUGAAGCUAGAGGACAAGGAGCAGUGCCGGCGAUUCCACACGAUCCCCGGCCUCACUCCGCAAGACAUGAACGCAUUCGAGUUGUAUGAGAAGCACGGCGCAGUGCCUGCUCCCUUUGGUGAGAUUUUCCAGCAGAGCAUGGCGCCGGGGGGACGCAUACACAGCUUUUUGGCCGGAGUGACCGCCCUCGGCUUGGGCGCUGGUGAGUUGAUCGCAGCAGUAACCAUGUCCAGCCUGAGCGAGUCGGUCACUGAGCAGUUGUGCUCCAACCCACGGGGUUCACUCCUUUUUGUCUACGCCGGGGGAUUGCCAGCUUCAGCCCGAGGAGGGACAUCCCUUUGACGGCCCUGGGAACCCAGAGUAUAGUGCCUGUAACCACUGGGUCUAUGCUGAGGGCUGCAACUUUGGCCCUGAGAAGGAUGCUGUCUCCAUUUGGACCUGGGGCUAUCGCAUGUACGUGACCAAGAACUUCCUCAUGACCAGCAACGGGGGCCACCCUCUAGUUUGUGGCGGCAUUCUGGUGCCGUAGGGUGCGAUAGUGCCACUCCCCACAAGGAGCGCACACUGCGUGUAAUUAACUAGCUGGCGAUGUCCAGCUGACACUCUUCAGUGCAUCGGAACUGGCAUGAUGAGACCCAUUGUUCGACCAGGCGAGUCGGAGCUGCCAGGCAGUCGUUCUCCUGCCUGCCACAAAGGCGCAAAGGAGUGG